AGCUGCAGGAUGCUACGCGCCGCACUGCUUCUGCUCUGGCUGCCCCUGGCGGGGGCGGGGGCCACGGAAGAACCCACCCAGGAGUCGGGGCCGUUGGGUGAGCCUCCUCCAGGCUUGGCGCUCUUCCGCUGGCAGUGGCACGAGGUGGAGGCGCCCUACCUGGUGGCCCUGUGGAUCCUGGUGGCCAGCCUGGCUAAAAUCGUGUUUCACCUGUCUCGGAAGGUAACAUCUCUGGUCCCUGAGAGCUGCCUGCUGAUUUUGCUGGGCCUGGUGCUGGGGGGCAUUGUCUUAGCCGUGGCCAAGAAGGCUGAGUACCAGCUGGAACCAGGGACCUUCUUCCUUUUCCUGCUCCCUCCUAUCGUGUUAGACUCAGGCUAUUUCAUGCCAAGCCGGCUGUUUUUUGACAACUUGGGUGCCAUCCUCACCUAUGCUGUGGUGGGCACACUCUGGAAUGCCUUCAUGACAGGUGUUGCCCUUUGGGGCUUGCAGCAGGCUGGACUUGUAGCCCCUAGGGUACAGGCUGGCCUGCUGGACUUCUUGCUCUUUGGAAGCCUCAUCUCAGCGGUGGACCCCGUGGCUGUGUUGGCUGUCUUUGAGGAGGUGCACGUCAACGAGACUCUCUUUAUCAUCGUUUUUGGCGAGUCCCUGCUCAAUGACGCAGUUACUGUGGUGCUGUACAAGGUCUGCAACUCCUUUGUGGAGAUGGGUUCUGCCAACGUGCAGGUCACUGACUACCUAAAGGGAGUCGCCUCCCUGUUUGUGGUCAGUCUGGGCGGGGCAGCCGUGGGUUUAGUCUUUGCCUUCCUCCUGGCCCUGACCACACGCUUCACCAAGCGGGUCCGCAUCAUCGAGCCGUUGCUGGUCUUCCUCCUCGCCUACGCAGCCUACCUCACUGCUGAAAUGGCCUCGUUGUCUGCCAUUCUUGCGGUGACCAUGUGUGGCCUGGGAUGUAAGAAAUACGUGGAGGCCAACAUCUCCCAUAAGUCACGCACAGCUGUCAAAUAUACAAUGAAAACCCUUGCCAGCUGCGCUGAAACGGUCAUCUUCAUGCUACUUGGCAUUUCAGCCGUGGACUCUUCCAAAUGGGCCUGGGACUCUGGGCUGGUGCUGGGCACCCUCUUCUUCAUCCUGUUCUUCCGAGCUCUCGGCGUAGUCCUGCAGACGUGGGUGCUGAAUCAGUUCCGGCUGGUCCCUCUGGACAAGAUUGACCAGGUGGUGAUGUCCUAUGGGGGCCUUCGGGGGGCUGUGGCCUUUGCUCUCGUCAUCCUACUGGACAGGACCAAGGUCCCUGCCAAGGACUACUUUGUGGCCACCACUAUUGUGGUGGUCUUCUUCACAGUCAUCCUGCAGGGUUUGACCAUCAAGCCACUGGUCAAGUGGCUGAGGGUGAAGAGGAGUGAUCAUCAUAAACCCACCUUGAACCAGGAGCUACAUGAGCACACUUUUGACCACAUUCUGGCUGCAGUGGAGGACGUUGUGGGGCACCAUGGCUACCACUACUGGAGGGACAGGUGGGAACAGUUUGACAAGAAGUACCUGAGUCAGCUGUUGAUGCGGCGGUCAGCCUAUCGUAUCCGAGACCAGAUCUGGGAUGUAUACUAUAGACUCAACAUCCGAGAUGCCAUCAGCUUUGUGGACCAGGGAGGCCACGUCUUGUCCUCCACAGGACUCACUCUACCCUCUAUGCCUAGCAGAAAUUCUAUGGCAGAGACCUCUGUCACCAACCUGUUGAGGGAGAGCGGCAGCGGAGCAUGUCUGGACCUGCAGGUGAUCGACACGGUGCGCAGUGGCCGAGACCGGGAGGAUGCUGUGAUGCACCACCUGCUCUGUGGAGGCCUCUACAAGCCGAGGCGCAGGUACAAAGCUAGCUGUGGCCGCCACUUCAUCUCCGAUGACGCACAGGAGCGACAGGACAAGGAGGUCUUCCAGCAGAACAUGAAGCGACGGCUUGAGUCCUUUAAGUCCACCAAGCAUAACAUCUCCUUCACCAAGAGCAAGCCUCGACCCCGCAAGACCAGCCACAAGAAGAAGGAUGGUGUGGCUAAUGCUGAAGCUACAAAUGGGAAGCCUCCUCGAGACCUGGGCUUUCAGGACACAGCUGCUGUGAUACUAACUGUGGAGUCUGAGGAGGAGGAAGAAAGUGACAGUUCAGAGUCUGAGAAAGAGGAUGAUGAAGGGAUCAUCUUCGUGGCUAGAGCCACCAGUGAGGUUCUCCAAGAAGGCAAGCUCUCAGGAAGCCAUGAGGUAUGCCCGAGCCCACGAAUCAUCCCACCCUCCCCAACCUGUGCAGAGAAGGAGUUACCCUGGAAGAGCGGACAGGAAGACCUAGCUGUGUAUGUGUCUUCAGAAACAACCAAGAUCGUGCCUGUGGACAUGCAGACAGGCUGGAACCAGAGUAUCUCAUCACUGGAGAGCCUGGCAUCCCCUCCCUGUACCCAGCCCCCUACUUUAACCCGAUUGCCUCCCCACCCAGUGGGCAUGGAAGAACCACAGGUUCCUCUUGACCUGUCUUCUGACCCCCACUCUAGCUUCGCCUUUCCCCCUAGCCUGGCCAAAGCUGGCCGGUCUCGAAGUGAGAGCAGUGCUGACAUCCCCCAGCAGCAGGAGCUACAACCCCUCAUGGGCCACAAGGACCACACUCACCUUAGUCCAGGCACUGCCAACUCCCACUGGUGCAUCCAGUUCAACAGAGGAGGCCGGCUGUAGCCCAGGGCCUCAGGGAGGAGCAGGAUGUGGAGCCCCCGUGGGGAGUGUGCCUCAGGCCAUGGGCAGAGAAGCCUACUCAGCCUGGUGUGGGGCUAGGGGGUCUGGAAGUAGCAACUGGGCCUCCGUGGAAAUGGUCAGAAGGGUUUCCUGGGCUGGUCCUCACAGAGACCCUUCUUGCCAUUCUCCCUGCUCCCGUCCCUUUUCCACUUUUCCUUUCGAAACAUGGCUCAGGAUCCAGUCCAGAGUUCUAGGGGAUAGGCCCGUCCCUAGGGUGUCUUCCUGGACUUACUGUUGGCAGCUGUUUAUCCCUGCAAAGCAUCAUUCUUCAGUAUAUACUGGUCUUCCCUGUCCUCCACCCCAUCUCCAACACCAGGUCAGGAUCAGUGUGCUGGCAUGAGGCUUUGUAAGGGGCCGGUCCUCAGAGUGCCCGGGCUAGGAUACAAGGCAGGCCUCUGUCCCUGGUUCCGCUCACUUGUUGGGUCAGCUACAGGAGGAGUGGGAGUCUACCUCCACAUCUUGCUUUAGCUCUUUCUGUUUGCUGCCAGGUACUAAGGUAAUGUGACUCCUUUUCUAGGACUUAGGCACUGGGCCAGGCUUUAGUUCAGAGCUGCUUUGUAGCCAGUCUGCUGCUCUAAGUCUAAGUCUGGAACUUUCUGGACCUUGGAUCUGGGAUUUCUGAAUAGGAGAUAGAGGCCUCUAGGUGCCUGGGUCACCAUCUCAAAAUUUUCCCAAAGGGAGAAGGAGUCAGGUAUCUCAGGGUCACUACACCAUUCCCAUAGGGGCUGGGAUGCCUGGCUGCAAUGUCGGGGAGGGGACAGCCGGCUGAGUAACAGGUGGCUUUCCCGGGGAUAGCCCCUGCUUUGUGUUUUGUACCUUAAACCCAAGAUGCAUUAAACACCGCUCAGAUGGAUGAGUGUCCUCUCCCAUUUGUCUCAGGCUUUCAGGGGUGGGGACAAGAAGAGAUCUGCCUGUUUCAAGAUUUUUCAGGAGGAGAGAAUAGUAGGAGAGGAGGUCUUAGGUAGAACUGUUAGUCCCUCUGGUCCCCGUAAGCACUUUUCCAACAUUAUUCCCCUAGCAGGAGGCAUGGAGUGGCAUCAUGGAGUGGCAUAAAGUGGGGAUCACUUUAUGGGUUGGGAAAGAAGGUGUCUUAGAACUGGGAGUCAGCAAAAAUGGGAAAGUCCUAGAGGUCAGGGUCUAAGCUAUUCCAAGGCUGAAGGCUCUAAAUGUAGUGACACAGACACAUUUCUAGGAAAAUGUAGAGAUAGGUGUGAGCCAAAUGUUACCCUGGGAAUUUAGGAGACAUAAGAAAGCAGUACAGGCCCUGACAUCGUUAGAUAACAGUGUUCCCCAUCCAAUUCCUAUUGUGUCUGAAGAAUUUUUAAAAGCAUCUUUGAGAAUAAAACGGUAUA